UUGGCGCUGGGGCUGGACCCGGACGGAUCUUCUGCGGGACGGGAACGCGCAUCCAGGGCUUUCUUCCCCGGUUUCUCCCUCCACGGCCCCUUUUUCUCUCUAAUAUUCUGUCUCGUGGAGAUGAGGGCAUAAUCACCUGAGGAGUAGCUGUUUACCAAGUCUGAGAUUGCAAAAGGGUUCGGCCUGGAGAAGGAGAAGAUGCUGCGGUUGGAGUCCGUGCUGCUGUGCCUCCUGCUGGGAGCCGUGACCCGGGGUCAGAAGGCCGAGUGCAGCGCCAAGAACGACUGUGCCAUAGACCUGUACUUCACCAUAGACACGUCGGAGACCAUCGCCCUGCAGGAGUCGCCCCCCGGAGCGCUGGUGGAGAGCAUCAAGACAUUCACAGAGCAGUUUGUAAGCCGAUUGGAGGAUGAAGAACUCAGGGGCGUCGUCAAGAUCAACUGGAGGAUUGGGGGUCUGCACUUCUCCCAGACGCAAAAGAUCUUCAGUCCCUUUGCAUCCAAGAGCGAUUUCAUCAGUGGUCUCAGGGCAAUCAAAUAUUUGGGCAAGGGCACCUACACCGACUGUGCCCUCAGAGCCAUGUCCGAGGAGAUCCUUCGCUCCUCCAACCCCGCGGCGCUCCGCUUCGCCGUGGUCAUCACCGAUGGCCACGUGACCGGAAGCCCGUGCGGGGGAAUGAAGGUGUCGGCCGACGAGGUCCGCGAGAAGGGCAUCCGCAUGUUCGUGGUGGCAGCCUCUGCAAACAUCGAUGAGACGGGACUGAAGGAGAUCGCCAGCUUCCCAGCCUCAGUCUUCAGGGACGAGUUCAUGGCCGUGGAUCUGACCCAGGGCAGACCCAGAAUACACACAGAGACCAUCGACCGCAUCAUCAAGUCCAUGAAACAUAUAGCCUUUGCAGAGUGUUACAAAGUCUCCUGUCUGGAGACGGAAGGUCAGGCAGGUCCUAAAGGCCAAAGAGGACAGAAGGGAGCUAAAGGAGACAUGGGUAAUCCAGGACCAAAAGGACAACAGGGUCGCCCGGGAGACCCAGGCAUCGAAGGUCCUAUUGGUCAGCCGGGCAUUAAAGGAUUACCAGGUCAGCACGGCGAAAAGGGAGAGCUGGGAACUCAGGGGAAGAAGGGUGUGGCUGGCGUCGCAGGGCGCAACGGGACAGACGGACAGAAGGGUAAAAUUGGACGGAUUGGUGCUCCGGGCUGCAAAGGAGACUCCGGCGACAGGGGUCCUGACGGUCACCCUGGAGACGUUGGAGAGCCUGGCCUUGGGGGAGCUGAUGGAGACAAGGGGGACCCUGGACGCCCUGGAAGAUCUGGCCCCGUUGGCCCAGUUGGAGAGCCUGGACCGAAGGGAGAAGAUGGAAGUUCUGGAUCCCCUGGGCGUCCUGGACUAAACGGAAACCCCGGUAUCCCUGGACGUCCAGGAAACAGAGGCGAACAAGGGAGGAGAGGAGACUUUGGGCCGAAGGGAGCGCAAGGGGCCGACGGCGGCAAGGGAGACAAAGGCGAGAUGGGCCCAGAGGGCUUGAGAGGACUUUCAGGUGAAUCAGGAAACAAAGGGACAAAGGGAGACAAUGGCUUGCCAGGACCCCGGGGAUCACCAGGUACAACAGGAGACGGCGGGAAAAAUGGCACCAGAGGGGACCCUGGUGAUCCUGGACCAAGAGGAGAGUCUGGAACACGUGGACCAAAGGGAGAUGUUGGAAGACCUGGCUUUAGCUAUCCUGGACGAAGAGGUGAAUCGGGUGAUAAGGGCGGAAAGGGCAACCGUGGGUCUCGCGGCAGCAGAGGAGACUGCGGUCAAAAGGGCGACCCAGGAAAUAAAGGAACUCCAGGAGAGCCGGGUGAACCAGGCCCGGAGGGGGAGCCUGGACCAAGAGGAACCAGAGGAGAUCCUGGACGAGAGGGAUAUCCGGGUCCAGAGGGAGAUCCUGGCCUCACGGAAUGUGAUGUAAUGAACUACAUCAGGGAGACGUGUGGCUGCUGUGAUUGUGAGAAACGUUGCGGAGCCCUGGACAUCGUGUUUGUCAUUGACAGCUCGGAGUCCGUUGGUCUCACCAACUUCACGCUGGAGAAGAACUUUGUCAUCAACACCAUCAACAGACUGGGCUCCUUUGCCAAAGAUCCUAAGUCAGAGACAGGCACAAGGGUUGGAGUUGUUCAGUACAGCCACAGUGGGACCUUCCAGGCAAUCAACCUCAACGACUCCAAGAUCGACUCGCUGACUGCUUUCAAGGAAGCGGUGAAGCGUUUGGAGUGGAUCGCCGGAGGGACGUGGACUCCCUCUGCUCUGAAAUACGCCUACGACAACCUGAUCAGGGACAGCCGACGAGCCAAGGCAAACAUUACUGUUGUCGUCAUCACCGACGGGCGCUUUGACCCCAGAGACGACGACUCUCUGCUCACUUACCUGUGCAGAGAUCCCACCGUCGACGUGAGCGCCAUCGGUAUCGGAGACAUGUUCGAGCAGAUCGAGGAGAACGAGAGUCUGAAGAGCAUCGCCUGCCAGAAAGACGGCAGGGUGAUGGGAAUGAGACGCUUUGCAGACCUCGUGGCCGAGGAGUUCAUUGACAAGAUCGAGGCCGUGCUCUGCCCUGAUCCUCUCAUCAUAUGCCCAGAUCUUCCUUGUAAAUCAGAGCCUGCCGUGGCUAGCUGUGUCCAGCGGCCGGUGGACGUGGUUUUCAUGCUGGAUGGUUCUGAGAGGAUGGGCCUGGAGAACCACCGCAGGGCCAAAGAGUUCAUGGAGAACGUGGCCCGUCGCCUGGUCCUGGCCAACGGCCCGGCGGACGAGAAGAACGCCCGCUUGGCCGUGGUGCAGUACGGUAGCCCCGCGGAGCAACGGGUGGAGUUCCCGCUCACGCACGAGCUCUCUGUCAUCUCCGAUAUGAUGGCAAAAGUCAACUACAUGGAUUCCUCUUCUGCUUUGGGCAGCGCCAUCAUCUAUGCUGUCAACAAUGUGGUGAUCGGCCGGACACCAUCGAGCGGCGAGCGCUUGUCCCGCCGUAACGCCGAGGUGUCCUUCGUGUUCAUCACCGACGGCAUCACGUCCAGCGAGCAGCUGGAGGAGGGCGUGAGCGCCAUGAAGAGGGUGGGCGGCAUCCCCACGGUGAUCGCCAUCGGCGGCGACACGGACGACGAGGUCCUGCACAGGGUGACCCUGGGGGACGCGUCGGCCGUCUUCAGGGGGGAGGACUACGCCAUGCUCAACAAGCCGUCCUUCUUCGAGCGCUUCGUCCGCUGGAUAUGCUAGUGAGGAACUAAAACGCUCUAGAGUUAGAAGCUGUAGAACGACAGAAGGGCCAGCUACUUCCACGUACACAUACACACACAUGCACGCACACACACGGGGGCACCACACACACCUCCGGGAUCAUUAUCAUUCCUGGAUGGAAGGCACUGAGAUGCUGCAUUUCCUGUUGUUGUGGAUGAGAAUGUGUUUACAAAAAACAAAAUAACCAUGCAGGACACUCCCCACCCCCCAACACACACAGACACACACACACACACACACACACACACACACACAUGCACACAAAGACACUCCAAACAUAUCGUCAGCACUUCUAAUCAAAGACACUCAGAUAGAGAGAUUUUAUGAAUACUGAAUGUGUACGUAACAAAAUAUAGGUUUUUUAUUUGUCUUUGUUUUGUCUUUCUUAUUUUUUUCAUAAUUGUUUUCAGUUUCCAGAAACAAAUUUCUUCCUCUUUUUUCUGUUUCUCUCUCACACACACACACAGACAAACACACACACACACACACACACACACACACAGUCAUUCGUACAUUACGGUGCUAAAAUAGAUAAAAAGCCGUCUGAGCAGCAGUGAAAAGUGACUUUUACAUCCUGUGAUGCUGUAAUUCUCCGAGCUUGUUCAGGACAUAAAAACAUGGAAGGCCGUCUCCUCCUGGGAGGACACGACACACCUCCACCUGUCGAGCACAGACAUCUCCUGCAGGCUCACACAUGUACUGUGGUCAGAACCAUGAAGGAACCAAAUCUGUACACAUUAAGUUCCAAUAAAGCUUAAUGUUGAGACCCCUCCUCCGA